GGUGGUGCGUCUUCUGUCGGGUUUGUUCCGUCCUGCUCGUAAGCUACGGCAUUUGCUCCCGGGCUUCUCCUUUGAGACAUUGCCUGCUGUGUUUGGGUUAAAGCUGGAGGUCCGCCCAUGCUGCUGGGAGCUGGGUGCUCUGUGGUAGGAGGGCUGAGGAUUGAACAUGAAGAAGUCGGGCUGGGGUCACGGGAGUGUGUGCUGUGGGCUUUUAAAACGCCGUCCCUACGUAAACUGUCCUGCAAGGGCUCCGUCCCGUGGAAGAUGAAGAGCUGAGGCAAUCUUCUGUGAGUCCAGGCAAAUCCAACGCGCCAUAAGGUUUGGGAAGGCUUUUGGAUCAUUGUCUGGGUGUCAGGGCACAGCCUGCUGGAGGCACUGGAAGUGGACUGGUUCCUGGUCAUGCCCGGUGGAAGGAGGGGACCCAGCCGGCAGCAGCUAAGCCGUUCAGCUUUGCCUUCCCUCCAGACUCUGGUUGGCGGGAGCUGUGGAAACGGUACUGGUUUGAGAAACAGGAAUGGUAGUGCCAUCAGCCUCUCAGCACCUCCGAUCACAGCACUGAUUACUCCAGAGCCUGUGCGUCACUGCCGGAUCCCUGAACUGCCGUUGGAUGGGAGCCUUCUCUUUGAAUUCCUGUUCUUCAUCUACCUUCUGGUAGCCCUCUUCAUUCAGUACAUCAACAUCUACAAGACUGUCUGGUGGUACCCAUACAAUCACCCUGCUUCCUGCACCUCACUGAAUUUUCACCUCAUUGACUACCACCUGGCAGCGUUCAUCACAGUGAUGCUGGCACGGAGGCUGGUGUGGGCCAUUAUCUCUGAGGCCUCUCAAGUGGGUGCAACAUCACUGAUUUGCUACGUGGUGCGCCUGGUGCUGCUCACCCUCUGUGGAUGGGUGCUCUGCUGGACUCUAGUCAACCUCUUCCGCAGCCAUUCUGUUCUCAACCUUCUCUUCCUGGGCUACCCGUUUGGUGUCUACGUCCCUCUGUGCUGCUUCCACCAGGACAGCAGAGCACAGCCUCUACCUUCAGACUGUGGUUACUUGGUACAGGACCAGGUGGCAGAUGAUGGGGCUUCAGCUGUCAGCAGCCUGGUCAAAGACUUCUUCUCGCUUCUGUGGGAAUCUCUGAGAGAACAGUUCAAUAAUCCUACGUCUAUCCCCACCCACAGCUGCCCGCUUUCCCCAGAUCUCAUACGCAAUGAGGUGGAGUGCCUAAAAGCAGACUUCAACCGCAGGAUCAAGGAAGUUCUCUUCAACUCUCUCUUCAGUGCCUACUAUGUGGCAUUCCUGCCACUGUGCUUUGUGAAGAGCACCCAAUACUAUGACAUGCGCUGGUCCUGUGAACACCUCAUCAUGGUGUGGAUCAAUGCCUUUGUCAUGCUCACCACGCAGCUGCUGCCUCCCAAGUACUGUGACCUGCUCCACAGGUCUGCCGCCCACCUCGGCAAGUGGCAGAAACUAGAACAUGGCUCUUACAGCAAUGCUCCACAGCACAUCUGGUCAGAAAACACAAUAUGGCCACAGGGAGUUCUGGUGCGACGGAGCCGGUGCCUUUAUAAAGCAGUUGGGCCUUACAACGUAGCAGUGCCUUCAGACGUGUCCCAUGCCCGCUUUUAUUUCCUCUUUCACCGUCCCUUACGGCUGCUCAACCUGCUGAUUCUCAUCGAAGGCAGUGUGGUCUGCUACCAGCUGUACUCCCUGCUGCGCUCAGAGAAGUGGAACCACACCCUCUCCAUGGCCCUCAUCCUUUUCUGCAAUUAUUAUGUCUUAUUUAAGCUCCUCCGGGACCGGAUAGUAUUAGGCAGGGCAUACUCCUACCCGCUUAACAACUAUGGACUCAAGGCACAGUAGGCCAACCAAUCUUCUCUUCCUCAUCCCACAGGGUAGGGAGGGAACUGCAGAAAAAAAAUAUUUUCAUAC